UGCCCUCCCUAAAGGACUAAUAGAGCUAGGAGAGCAUAAUUCCCUGGGGCGUAGGAAGCAGGUGCUCACAGGAUGAGAACUCCUGUCCUAGCCUGUUAUCUGCUACCCUUUCUUCCCCAGGAUGCACUGCGCAACUCAGGUGGCGAUGGGCUAGGGCAGAUGUCCUUGGAGUUCUACCAGAAGAAGAAGUCUCGCUGGCCUUUCUCAGACGAGUGCAUCCCCUGGGAAGUGUGGACAGUCAAGGUGCAUGUGGUGGCCCUGGCCACGGAGCAGGAGCGGCAGAUCUGCCGGGAGAAGGUGGGUGAGAAGCUCUGUGAGAAGAUCAUCAACAUCGUGGAGGUGAUGAACCGGCAUGAGUACCUGCCCAAGAUGCCCACGCAGUCGGAGGUGGACAACGUGUUUGACACAGGCUUGCGGGACGUGCAGCCCUACCUCUACAAAAUCUCCUUCCAAAUCACCGAUGCCCUGGGCACCUCAGUCACCACCACCAUGCGCAGGCUCAUCAAAGACACCCUUGCUCUCUAGGCC